AAAUACAUAAAUACAUAAAUACAUAAAUACAUAAAUACAUAACAGCCAUAUGAGAGCAGCUGCAGUUCUCCUUUCUGGCCACAAGAUGGCGCGCACAGCACACACGACAGCCAUAGCCUAGACCUGCGGGAAUCUCACGCCACUGCCGGCGCUGUGCGGGCUCCCCCUGCUGGCGGUUCUGAGCUGUCGUGACGUUGAAGUAGCCGGAGAUGACACGCUAGGAUCGCGACUGGCGGGAGAACUGAAUUCUCCGGGGCGAGAGCUGGCUGAGGUCACCGUCACCCGCAGGCGAUAACCGGGAUGGAUCGUAGGAACCUGGCCCAGGAGCUGCGGAGAUGGGUCGUGGAGGAGAUGGGUCUCCCGCAGCAGAAAGCCCCGUCGGAGGAAAUGCUGCAGAGGCUGUUCAUAGGACAGUGUGCCGACAUCUGGAAGUAUGUGAUCCGGCACGUGCGCAGCCAGAGGACCGUGAGGAACAUAGAAGGCAAUCUGAUGUGGUAUCAGCAGCUCCAGCACUCAGUGGCGCAGCGCUCGGUGGAGGAGGAGGAACUGCAGCACAAGAAGCAGCUGUGCCAGGAGAUACUGGAGCUGCGCUCGGAACUUCACCAUCUACAGGAGCAGAUCAGCAGCGCUGAGAAGGAGAUAGUCAGCCAGGCAGAACUGAACAACGAGAAAUCGCAGGAUUACCGCCGUCGGUCGCUGCUGCUGCGCGCUUUCAAUAAGAAGAGGGGGGAGGAGUGCGAGGUUCUGCGGGAGAGCAACGCGCGUAUACAGUAUCGCUGCGAGCAGCUGCAGGAUGUCAGCCGAGCAUCGCAGAGGGAGCUGAUCUUCCCUACGCUGGAUGUGGGCUCAGCCGGGGUUACAUUUCCCGAGCCAGAAAUCCUGAGAGAUGUGAGAGACGUCUGCCAGAUGCGGAAGAAGUUUCUGCGAUCUCUUCAUGAUGACUCCAUUUCUGGCUCGUUGCUCACUGGAGGGGAGGAGCUACGCUCGCUGGCGCACCACCAGUGGAUGUGCACGGCAGAGAAAAUCUGGAGCACGUACCCACCAAACCACAUCGUCUCGUCCCUGGAGCAUCUUGCAUUAGAGACCACCCGGGACAUGAGAGAUCUGCAGACUUCCCUCGUCGUGGACCCCGCAGAGACCUCCUGCAGCCUGUCCGAGACCACGUGUGAUGCCCAGGGAUCCAAAGACGCCUUGGAGACCUCGAAACGCGCAAGGUCCUUUUGUGAGAGCAGGCGUCCCGAUUCUCUGGCCGUUCUCCCAUCCUUCCGUUCCCUGAUACAGGAGGGUUGGGCAGAGUCCAUCAAGGUCUUCACGGAGCUGCGCCUGGUGCAGCAUGAGACGCAGGAGCUGUCGGAGCAGUUGGCGGCCAAGAUACAGGAGAUACACAGGACGCUGUCAGAUGGAAGCGAAGCCUCUCUGCUCUGCAGGGCCGCCUUUGAUGCGGAGCUCCGCCUGGCGCUGCUGCAAGGAUGCCGGGACGCUCUGCUGCAGGAAUGCCGGGCGCUACAAGCGGAGGCUUCGGACAAGAAGCAGGAGGUGAAGGUUCUCCAGCAGCAACAGCGGAACAUCCAGGAAUCCUGCGCUCUGCUGGAGAAGAAGCAGAAACAGAUCCAGGUGCUCAUUAAGGGAAACUCCUCCUCCAAAUCCCAGAUAUGGCGCAGCGGCGUGGAGGUGCAAAAAUAUGUGCAGGACAAGCUGCUCCAGCGGCCUCGGGAGGUCGUCCAGGAGUCUCAGCGGCUGCAGGACUCCAUCAUGAAAGACGUGAAACACUUCGCAGCCGUCUCCCUCCCAGCGCUGCAGAAAGUAUGCGUGGACGGCGUGUCCCUCGUCCCAUCCAAGGAGCUCUCCAUAAAUCGCGUCUCCAGCCCGCACUGUCCGUACUACAACAUCUACAGAGGGAUCUACAACAGCGUCGGCCUGUCUUUAUAUAAGGCCCCGGAGAACAUACUAUGCCACGUCGCUGAUAUCAAGAAGCAACUGCGUUUCCUGCGGGCUCAGUUGUGUAGCCGAAACCAAGCGGUUGCUAAGAUACAGAGGCAGAUCCGCGAGAGCCAGAAUCCCGACACGGACACUCUGCUGCACCUCUUGUCUGUUCACUACGCUCACCAAAUGGACCAGCUGAUCCCCAUACUCCAGCGCCUCAUCCAGCAGUGCGAGAAGAGCCAAGAGUACGGGAAGGAGGUACAGGCGACCGUGUCCGACUGGUGGGAGCAGCCGGCGCAGCUGUGUCUGCCAGCGGAGCAGAGAGGCGGUCUGACCUUGCGCCAGUGGCAGGAUCGCUGGACCGUGGCGGUGACGGCGCUCCAGAGGGCAGCCGGCAGCCGGAGUUGAGUUAUUUUUAAAUUGGGCCGUUUAAGCGGGCGGGACUUCUAGCAGGGAAGAUAAAUGACGUGACCCCCCUGGCAGUGCGUCACUGAUAAAGUGAGGAGCGUGAUAAGUUGUGUGCAGAAGACUUGUAUACGGAAACCGUAUAUGAGCCUGUGUCCCAUGGUAUCUCCAAGCAAUAUUGACAUAUUAGACCUUCACGCGGAUCCCAAGUACCGUGUGCGCAGACCUCUACGGUUUGGCCACUUAUGUGUUUGAUUUUGGCUCGAAGGCUGAACACCAAGAUCAACCCUUGUGUUUUGUGGACGUUAUGGUGGAAUCGGACGCUGGUCUGGACUACGGCUGAGUCGGUAAACUUGGCUCAUCUAUGGCCUCUUAUGGAUUAUUAAGUGUCUUCCACUUCACUCGUAGUUUACACUGGAGACGAGUGUUUCCAAUUCUGUACAAGGACGUCCGCCUGGUGAGCCGUGAAGACCAGGAAUUGUCAUGUGAUACAUCCUAUAAUAAAUGCAAUUGUACAAACGCAUUUCAUUCCGACCAAUCACACUGCUGCAUCUGUUCUAGAAAGGAUCCAACGCACAUUGUGACUUUAUUAUUUUUUAGUUUUUAUUUCCUAUCCAUCCAGUAAUUAUCUUAGUUGUCAAAGUAUCGGGUCUCCGUUUAAACCAAGGCAGCCGGUCUACGCUGCUUUCUCGCUGUUAGUCAGACUUUGGCGCUGAACCUGUUGUGGCGUAGAAAUUUCCACUUCCCUUACAAUAUAUUUGCUGAAUGAAUUCAUCAUAAGAUGACGUCUUUCCACAGAGAUCAAUCUGACGGCUGCUUAUCUGAUCGCAAUAAAUCGUCACGUCUGUAGAAUAUUAUUCAGUGUGCUAAAAAUAUAAGGGGAGAAUUCAGUUGCUUUUUGGGUGCCCGACAUGACCAUUCAAUUGUUUGCCCCGAUUUUUUUUUCUGCUUUUGGACACAAUUCACAGGGUGCACAGUAUUUUCCGAUGGGUGUAGCCGCGUUACGUGCCUAUACCCAGUCCAUUUGGGCGCAACGUGCGUGAAGAUUAAUGGUUACUCGCACCCACCGCAACAACCAAUUGAAUAUUCCCCCAUCUAAAGUGACGGGCAAAAAAAAAAAAAGUGAAUCGCUUCCCUUAGGGUCAAGUUCACAGAAGAGGGUAUUAAUAAUUUGCUACUCCCAAAAAAACGUAUAAGGUAAUUUAAACGGCUGCCGUCGGACUGAACCGGGGAUUGGCGCCUUGUGCCAGGGGGAUUGUCACGAAUGUUUGUUGAUACAAUGAACUAUUUCCUUUGGAUCUGGUGUUUGUCAAUUUGCUAUAAAUCCAUAUAAUCUGCCCGCA